AUGGCAACAAACGGCAUACCCAUUCACACCAAGGGGGCUACGGUCCCCUUUCACAUCAACGGCCAGGACGUCGUCGCGUCAAAGACCUUCGACGUGGUCAACCCGGCAACAGGCAAGGCCGUCCACAAGUGCAGCAGCGCGACCGAGGCCGACGCCAAAGCAGCCGUGGACGCAGCGGCAAAGGCACUGCCAGCAUGGAAGGCAAUGGUGCCCACCAAGCGGCGUGAGGUUUUCCUCAAGGCCGCCGAGGUCCUGGAGAAGCGGCGGGACGAGCUGGCCACCACCAUGGUGGAGGAGGUCGGCGUGCCAAGGGCGUGGGCCGACUUCAACCUUGGUGUCGCCAAGGACCUCAUCUUGGACGUGGCCGGGAGGCUCGUCACCAUAGAGGGCACUAUCCCUACUCCCCAGGACCCCAACACGGGCGCUCUUGUGCUGAAAGAGCCUUAUGGUGUGGUGAUGGCAAUCGCGCCUUGGAACGCCCCGUACAUUCUCGGAUCACGCUCCGUCAUCUUCCCGAUUGCGGCCGGUAACACGGCUGUUUUCAAGGCCAGCGAGCUGAGUCCGAAAACCCACUGGGGCAUUUGCUCCGUCUUCGCGGAGGCUGGCCUGCCGGCUGGAGUGCUCAACAUGAUUGUUCACGAGCCCGCCAACGCGGCUGCCAUCACCAGUAGCCUCAUUGCCAACGAGCAUAUCAAGAAGAUCAACUUCACCGGCUCCACGAUGGUGGGCCGCAUCAUCGGCAAGCUGGCCGGCGAGCAGCUCAAGCCUGUGCUGCUCGAGCUGGGCGGCAAGGCGCCCGCCAUCGUGUGGGACGACGCGAACCUAGACCUGGCCGCAGACCAGUGCGCGCUGGGCGCGUUCCUGAACUCGGGCCAGGUUUGCAUGUCUACUGAGCGGGUGAUUGUGCACAAGGCCGUGAAGGACGAGUUCGAGAAGAAGUUCCUCGCUAGCAUAGACAAGUUCUUCCCCUCCGCCGGCGACGCGCCCGUGCUCAUCCACCAGCCGGCCGUCGAGAAGACCAAGAAGCUGCUGAAGGACGCUAAGGACAAGGGCGCGACGCUGUUGAACGGCGACUUCGAGGCCCAGGAGUCAACCCCGACCCGGCUGCGCCCAAUUGUCGUCAAGGGCAUCAAGGAGGACAUGGAUCUCUACAAGACCGAGUCCUUCGGCCCCACUGUGGCGCUGUUCGAGGUGGACAGUGAGGAGGAGGCACUCCGACUCGCCAAUGACACCGAGUAUGGCUUGACGUCGGCCGUCUUCACCGAGGAUUUGAGGAGGGGAUUGAGGUUUGCCAAGGGUAUCGAGACCGGCGCUUGCCAUAUCAACUCAAUGAGCAUCCACGACGAAUCCGCUCUGCCACAUGGAGGUGCGAAAAGCUCUGGGUACGGGAGGUUCAAUUCUAUUGGCUUGGACGAGUGGGUGAGGACGAAGACAGUCACCUACCGGUAUUAG